AGUAGUUCGGAUGUCACCGGUAGAUAGCACCACUAUCGAAAUGCCGUCCUUGCAUCUCGCUGGGUGCUCCGGGUGGAAAUAGCAUUAGGUGCUAGGGCAGUUAACUCCUGGUCAGUGGCGCACAUGUUAAAAGCAUGUUGCCAAUUCAGAGUUGCCAGAUCCGGGGAAAUUUCCCCUUUUCGGGGAAAUUACGAGGCCAAAGGGGAAAAGGGAAAAAACGCGAAAAAAGGGAAAUUCUUAAGAUUUGGGCUAAAUUUAGUCAAAAUGUUCGGUAUUUUAGUUUUCAAGUGUUACACGUCGUUCUGGUCGAAAGCGUUACAUUCGUAUGUUGUUGGUACUGUAUCGCUGUAAGUAUGAAAGCGUUUCAGUGCGGAAAUGGGUUGGAGCCAGUAGCAGUGGUUGUGUUUUGGUGUGUAAAGAAGCCAGAUGAUUCACAUACUCUUAACCGCCAGCAAACUUGUAAUUUGAAACCGACCGAUACUGUGGUAAGUAUUCUAUUUACAUUUUAUAACAUUUGCAAUUACACAAAGAGACCAGAGGCGUUGGUAGAAUUAACUCUAUCGAUAACUUUGUUAACCUAACCUAUGGCGUGUUCGUGUUUUGCAGGCUAAUACAAUGAAUGUGGACGAAAUUCUUGAUGAGCAAGCUGAGGAUGACCCUGUGUUUGAAUUUGACGACGACGAAGUUGAAGAGGCAGAGGCAGAAGAGGUAGCGGCAAGCGGGAAGAGGAAAAGCUGGGCUAGGGAUAGAACCCCAGAGUACAAAAGGAAAAGGAGAGGAGGGGAUGCGAAGAAGAAAAGUAAAGAGACCCCCGACCCGUCACCAAGCAAGCCAUUCAAGUCAAAGAAAGUGCUUGUCCACAAGUUGGCAAAAAACUCUGAAGGGAUGCUCCGAAAUGUCUGCCAAAAUUUUGUUAAGCCUGUUCUGCUCAGUCACAUAAAAAAAGUUGAGUUUGCAAACGCAAGCAAUAUGAUGCCCCUAGAACAAGUUUUUCUUGGACCAGAAGUCAGUGAUAUUUUGGAUAAAAUUCACUUGAAAAUUGACCCCAAUGCAAGACCCGCCGAUGUCCAGGCUCAAGCAGAGCAGAAGAGGGCCAAUGACAUUAAGGUCUUUCGCCUUAGGUGCCUGGACUUCUACACGACGGCUGCAAAGGAGUUGCGAGAUCUAGCCCCCCUUUAGGACCCAUUUUUUGAGGAUCUGGAAUUCCUAGAACCGGAGAAUGCCUUGUCCUUCGCAUACCGCGAGCGACAGAGGGACCUUCUUCGAGUUUGUAAUCAAUUCAAGAAUGUAGCCGGACUCGGACUUGACGCCAACCUAGUCGCGUUUGAAUGGCGCACAAUGCCCGGCAUUAUUGAAGGUCGUCUGAAGGAGGACCACAGUAAAAUGUCAGUGGAAGAGUUUUGGUUUGAGGUAGGGCAACUUAAGGUUUUUCAGCACACUCAGCAGUUCCCUCACCUCUGGAAACUGGCUCGGACCGUCCUCACCCUGCCUCACUCCAAACGCCGACGCCGAGACAGUUUUCUCCAUGGUGACCGACGUAAAAUGUGACAAAAGGAACAGGAUGGGAAAUGAAACACUAAAUGGCAUUUGCAUUACCAGAUCAGCCAUUAGGUGAAAGAAAAUUUCGUGCACUGAUUUUAAAGUUAAACAAAGUCAUCUGGACAAGCACAACAGUGAGACUCUGUAUAAGAAGUAAACUAGUCCAAUUUAAUUUUAAUCAAAAUGUGCCCGGGUGAAACGGUUUGUAUACAGCUCACUAAGAAAUUUUAUUACAAUUUAUAGACUUUUAUAAAAUUGAAUAUGCUUGUGUACACCGUAAUAUAACGAUGUAAAGGGUGUUUUACAAAUGUGUAUUAUAUUUGGUAAAAGUUUAUACAGUUAUAUACAGAGGCAUGUAUACGUUUUUAUAAAAUCUAAUACAAUGUUUAUACAAAAAACGUGCCAUAUAUAAAGCGACGUAUAUUAGAGCAUCGUUGUACCUCACGCAUGUAUACAGCCCUAUACAUGUGAAUAAAAGCCACCUUGCCCUACAUUAGAAUGUAUACAGGCACAUACACUCAUACAAUGACUAGUAACGUUUCUGGGCACUCCCCUAAAUGUAGGCAAAAUGUGGUUGAGUUCUAAAAUGCAGCAUAACUUGAAAACGGCUACACAUAGGGAAGUGAAACAACCACUAUCGUGCUCAGGGCAAAAAGGUGAUUCGGAAAACAAAUUUGCUGAAAACGACAGCCACCCACUCAGGCCGCUUCUCCCGUGAGUUUAUUGAAACGCUCAAGUAUAUAUUGUAUAAUAUUUUAUAAAAAGGUAUACUGACAAAGUAA